CCCGCGCCUCGCUGGGCUGCUCCAGCCGGGCUCCGGCUGCACACUCGGGCCGCCGGGGCUGGAGUCUUCAUGAGCCCGGAGGAUGUCCGGGAAGCACUACAAGGGUCCUGAAGUCAGUUGUUGCAUCAAGUACUUCAUUUUUGGCUUCAAUGUCAUAUUCUGGUUUUUAGGAAUAGCAUUCCUUGGAAUUGGACUGUGGGCCUGGAAUGAAAAAGGAGUUCUGUCCAACAUCUCCUCGAUCACUGACCUCGGCGGCUUUGACCCAGUGUGGCUCUUCCUAGUGGUGGGAGGAGUGAUGUUCAUCUUGGGGUUUGCAGGGUGCAUUGGGGCACUGCGGGAGAACACCUUCCUCCUGAAGUUUUUUUCUGUGUUCCUGGGAAUUAUUUUCUUCCUGGAGCUCACUGCUGGGGUUUUGGCAUUUGUUUUCAAAGACUGGAUCAAAGACCAGCUGUAUUUCUUUAUAAACAACAACAUCAGAGCAUACAGGGAUGACAUUGAUUUGCAAAACCUCAUAGACUUCACCCAGGAAUAUUGGCAGUGCUGUGGGGCUUUUGGAGCUGAUGAUUGGAACCUAAAUAUUUACUUCAAUUGCACAGAUUCCAAUGCAAGUCGAGAGCGAUGUGGCGUGCCGUUCUCCUGCUGCACUAAAGACCCCGCGGAAGAUGUCAUCAACACUCAGUGUGGCUAUGACGCCAGGCAGAAACCAGAAGUCGACCAGCAGAUCGUAAUCUACACAAAAGGAUGUGUGCCCCAGUUUGAGAAGUGGCUGCAGGACAAUUUAACCAUCGUGGCUGGCAUCUUCAUAGGCAUUGCACUGCUGCAGAUUUUUGGGAUAUGCCUGGCCCAGAACUUGGUUAGUGACAUUGAAGCUGUCCGGGCCAGCUGGUAGACCCCUGCAGCAGCUGCUUCGGAACACUGGACUGACCCAGCCCCGCGGCCUCCUCUUGCCCAACUGACACCCAGGCUGCAUGGACCCACACAGUCACACAGGUGUCCUGCACCCCACCAAACAGAGCUGCCAAAAACUUGUUUUUUGUGGGGGGUAAAACUGGGAAAUGCUGCUCACUGACAGAAUUUUUUUUUUAAAUCCAAUAUGAAAGCUAUUGCGCCAUGAAUCUCUACUGUAGCCAUGAAUUUAUGAGUGGAUGGAUGCCUGCCAAAAAGGAAAAGAAGGGAGGGCAUGGUGUCCACAUUUACUUGAAUUUGUGGAGAACCCAGUCCUGGCCUCCUCCUCAGUGACCAGAGGGUAGGCAGAGGCAGGUCUGCUCUUGCCACUCCUUGGAGGGCCAGCCUGGUGUCCUGUGGCCUGAUGAUGUGUGACUCCUGAGACCCAGGCCUUUCCCUGGGAGUGCAGUGGGGCGCGGGGGGGGCAUCCUCCCUGUGCCUCAAGGAACUGCUGCAACUAUCAGUGGAUGCAACUAUCAGUGGAAGAAGAGGACGGAUUGCCUGUGGGUUCACAUUUUGCUGUCCUACAGAGCAAGUGACAUGGGUGGGUCUGUGGUCUGUCCUUGAGCACAGCCUUCUAAGAAGCUAUGUCCACCAAAUGGGCAUUGGUGACUUUGUGACACCAUAUCCUAGCAGGACUGAUCUUUUUUCUAAGUAGGCCUGAACUUUAUUUAUCAUUGAAAUCCAAGGAGAAAAUGAGGUUAAUGAGAGGUAUUAAUUAAAUACUUACUCCCUCACCCCACCCCAGCAAGUUAGUGGUUGGAUGCUUUGAAAUACUCUGGAUUGUGUUGUUUUGUUAUGUUCGUAGGGUUUUUUGUUUUUGUUUCCCAAAGGUGAAGGGUAUGAUAUGGUCGCUCUUAAAUUUUGGAAGUGUUUUUUUACUGGGCUCAAGUUUUUUUAUAAGUUUAACUUGCAUGACCUGUGAAUUUGAAUUCACCAUCUCCUUUUCCUGCCAUCUUCUACAGACAUUGAAAAACAUGGGUUAGCAUUUAUUCCGUGGGUUUAGUCUGGAGGUUGUGGCCUGUGGUCCCAGGGUGGCUGGAAAGAGACCAGCUCUGCCGCCUCAGUGGCUUCCAUGGCAUCUACCACCUCUUCCAGGGUCAAACUCAGUGGCCUCGUCCACACGUUUUUCUUCUUUCUCUUUGAGUGGAAUUAAACCCAGCUCCAAAAUAGUGUUGACACAAUCAGAUGCUUCUAAUAGGUUUUUUUCUUAAAGAUUUAGUUUAAUUUUUUUAAAAAGUUUAUGGCCAGAGCUCCUUCUGUCCUCCCCCUGCAGCUAGCCAGCAGGGUGGGAACAAAGCACAAACCCUCUGGAGCAGAUGUGGAGAUGCUGGCAGGUGUUCUGUGACUCAAGGCAGGAAGCCAGGUGCUGCCAGUCCUGCCUCACUUCUGGGAGGAAGGGGCCCUUUUGCCCCCCAGAUUUUAAUCCACCCGGUGUCCACUGAUGUCCUCCUGUGGAGCAGAUGUUAGUCUGUGGAACACUGGGAAAAACACAACAUAUUUCACACUGGUGCCACGUUUGCCAGCAAAUAACUGGGCAGCCAGCUGGCAUACUUGGUGGGCUGAUGAAUGUGUCAGAGAAAGGACAAAAGUUCCUCUAAAGUCUCGUCACCACAGUUUGGGUUUUUGUGUGACUCUGCAUGUGUGUUUGUGUCUCUGUAUAGGUAGAGAUGUUCAUUUCAUCUUCAUAUUCUGAUGUGAGAGUAUCUUAUUUCCUCCCUGCCCACAGCACAGUUGGCAUAUUUUAAUGUCCUUCCAACAUGGAGAAGACAGGAGCUUUCUAAUUGGCACUUUUGUCUUCUUUGUUACCUCAUUCUCCAAUGUACUCCAUCCACCAGUUGAUUCAGAAUCAGGCAAGAUCCCCACCCUUUGACACAUCCAGUCUAGGCCAAACAGCAAGUCCAAGUGAGUUUUAAAUUUUAAUUAAUCACCUUUUAUUUUUUACACAUCAGAGUGAUUGUAAUAAAGGUGGUCAUUAAUAAACUUGGUUCUACCUUACAUGGA